GAGGAGAGGUGGGGCCGGGAGGCGUGGGGCGUGGGCUGGGAGGCUUGGCGUCAGGUAUGGGCUUCGGCGGGACCUUCCCGCCGCUAGGAAAACCUCCUUUUCCCAGGCAAGCCGGGAAGAAGGCGCAAGGAGGAAGCUUCUUUCUCCCUCCUUUCUCCUUUGCUUCCGUCCACCUUUCCACCUCUCCCUGGGAUUCGCCUCCUCCUUUCCUCCCUUCAAACCUGUUCCUCCGGUCCUGGGUCUUUCUCCCUUUCUCUGCUUCUUCAGCUACCCGCCCACCGCUUAGUCUUCGGGCAACGGGAGACGCCAGGGACACCUUUCGGAUAUGUUAAACUCACAACAACAAUAAGGACAACAACAACAACAAGAAGAAGAGCCUUUGCGCUUUCUGGAAUGGCAGCGCGGGGAAAAGACAGCCCUAGGCGAGGGAGCCCCCUUUUGUGCGCGGAGGGGAACUGAACAAGCAGCAGAAAGAAGAAGAGGAGGAAGAAGAGGAGGAGGAAGCCUUCUUCUCCUCACCUUCAGGGGCAGCGAAGUGCCCUCCAGGUUGGAUGAGUGACAUCAAGCCGUCAGUCCAGUCUGCAUUUCUUGAUAUCCAAUUGUUUCCUGAGCCAGAACUCUUCGCCAAGAGUGAGGGAAAAAAAUACUUACCUCUCGGCAAAGGCCUGCUCUGCUUGCUCAUCCCAUGGAGAAACCAAGAUGUCUGAGAUUUGCCGAGACUUUCAGGAGUCCAGACUUUCCGGCACAUGAACUGCGAAGAGACACCAGCAUCUGUUAAGGAUAAGGCAGCAGAAAGUUAUCGUCUCAGUGUUCCCAGAUUUCCUCGCAUCAAGGAGUAUCCAAACAAGGUCAUACUCUGGAGGGUCAUGAAUAAAGUUGAGGACUUGCUUGGCUGUGAUAUAAGGAAGCACUGAUUGUACAGGUUCCCGCCGUGCAGGGAGGGAUGCUUAUUCUGCUCCAUGCCAUGAUCACCCCACUGCUCUCUAUCAUCCGUGCUGCCCCCGUUCCCAAUGCCAGUGCCCUUCCUAACACCACAGACAUCCUUUGGGCUGAGACUCCUGUACAGGACUGGGACCUCUUCUCUCCCCGCGUCACUCUUUCCCACCAUGAACCUGAAGGGCCACCAUUGCUUUUCCUCAUGGAGGACUCCAAUGCCCAGCAAGGGCAGGCUGCUAACCAAACGCUCAAGUCCAAACGCUCCGUGGACAGUUCUGUACGCCGGGGAGAGAUGUCAGUGUGUGACAGCGUCAACGUCUGGGUGACAGACAAGCGCACAGCUGUGGACAUCCGUGGAAGAACUGUUACAGUGCUUUCUGAAGUCCAGACGCUUACGGGCCCGCUGAAGCAGUACUUCUUUGAGACCAAAUGUAAUCCAGCUGGGGGUACAGUGGGUGGAUGCCGAGGUGUUGACCGUCGCCACUGGAUCUCAGAGUGCAAGGCUAAGCAGUCGUACGUGAGGGCUCUCACCAUAGAUUCCGACAAGAUUGUGGCCUGGCGCUGGAUCCGGAUUGACACCUCGUGUGUCUGCACCCUACUCACUCGCAUGGGACGGACGUAGGGAGGGAUGUAUCAUGUGGUUGUCACAUUGGUUCAUCAAGACACGGCCAACUCUUCGGCCCAGGUUGUGCUUGGUGUGUUUCCCUGGUCAACAUGGUCUCUCAUUGGCCAAGGGGUGUGUGCAGUAUUCCCAUUGGGCAAGAGGAAGUGGCUUUGGCCCUGAUUGACAGGCACUUGCUGCAGUGUCUGUCUCUGUUUCAGCAAAAUUUAGGAGCUUGUAUUGACAGAAUACAGCACCAUGACUACAAGUUGUAGCCAUCGUAAGGAUGCCACUGUGGUGUAUCAUUCUUUGGGAAUGGAGACACAAAGGUUGAACUUCGCUGGUAUAGCUGGACACCUUUUGUGGACCAGAAGGCACCAAUGUUUCUUAUUAGAUGGGAGAUAGCUACAAAGACAUUUAUGGGUCCAACAUGGUCAAAAGAUGUCUGUGGACACUUGCUGUAAGUCUUUCACCCCUCUUGGCUUUCACUGCCGGUUCUCACCAACUCUCCUUUUUACUGGCCCCCAAUUUUUGCUCCUUGCUCUUUAGGCUCAAGACUAAGGUCUUACAGAUCAUCUAUUCUAGGAUAAUCUUUUCCAUCUCAAAAAAGCUACCAGAUUCCCAAUGCAUAAUGUGGAAAGUGGGGGUCUAGAGCAUGUCUUGGGGUGCAUUGUCUGUAUGUGUGUGGACCACCAGCCACAUCUACUAGGCUUCACUAUUGCUUCAUGCACACCAAAGUUGCCUGAGACUCCCUCCUGGCUAUGCAGUAAAGUGGAAAUUCACUCAUUGCGAAAGGUUUGUCCAUCAUGAACAACCUUUUCAUCAUGUAAUAAACUCAUGAAAAGCCCUUGAAAUCUUUCGGAACUCACUUUUGGAAAUCAGUGUGCAAGGUGGUGUACGUUUACUUCUGGAAUUUAACUUGUUUUCCUCUCUUCAUAUUUAUUGCCUCCCUUCCCUCCUGAUGCAGUUCUGUGUCUUUGCCCUUGUUCUGUCAUUUUAAUUAUUAACUUAUUUGUGUAUUCUCUUUCUGUGUGGGUAAUUUCUAGGAAAACUGUAUGUUUGAAGGUAGGGAGUGGGGUGGAGAUUAAAAACAAAAGAGGUGCCUGCAAUUUUGUUUCCAGUGUCCUGAUGUGUUACUUUGGGAGUGGUGGGAAUAUGGGAAACAAGGAUCUUGGAAGGGAAAAAAGGAUGACAACCAGAGUUCAUGUUUGCCGCCUUCCAACUGUGCUGCUGCUUGGAGAUCCAGUAGAGAAGCUCUACCCCUCCCCUGAGUUCCACCUGAUGAUCGGAAGUAUGACAGCAAAGCCUUGUUUUAAGAGAUAUUGCAGGCAGAAGAUAAACUAGGUCUUUCCUUUAGAGAGCUCUGGGUGAUUUGUAAUACAUGAGGCUUGUUACAUGAGGACAUUUUAAGGCCUGAAUAUUAUUUGACUGGCUUAGGUUUUUAUGCCUUCACAUAUUGGUGAUAAGCCUUUGCAUCAGGCUGCAGGAAUCAAAUAUAAAACAAAGUAGAUCCUAUAAUCUGCACAGCUCUGGUAGGAAUCCUGGUUUGGUUGUGUGUGAUAACUCUUAACACCACCACUUUUCUUCUGAUCUUGGAAGCUAAACAGGAUCAACUCUGGUUGGUACCUGGAAGGGAGACUUCCAAUGAAUUCCAGGUACUGUCGGAUAUAAUUUAGAACAGUGGUUCCCAACUUUUUUUUGGCCAGGGACCCCUGACACGGGACCACUCUCCAACAUUAGUACCAAAAGGGAUAUGAAUCAGUUUUUGGUCAACUUUAGAUUUGGUUUGGUUAUUUAGUGUGCUGAUUUAGAAAAUUGCACUGGAUAGACCACAUCAGCUCUAGUUUCUGAUACAGAACAUAUGCCAUCCAGUAGUCGCCAUCUGCUCGCCCACAGAAAACUAUAUUUAAUAAUCUAGAACUGAUGUGGUAGUAGUAAUCUUUUGUGGGUAGUCGGCCUCUCCUCUUCUGACAUCCCAAUUUCCUCGGCACUAUAAGACGGUUUUGCGAGACCAGUCGCUCUCAUUGCUGCAUGUUUUCGAGGUAAUAGUGAGGCCGUGGACCAUAUUUUCAUUCUUGUGGACCACAAGGGACUAUCGUGCAUUCAGUUAUACAGAAUGAGAGAGAUACUGAAACAAUGUGAUGUUGCUAUCUGGGAGCAGGUGUUCUUGCACAAUUUUAAAGGACUACAGCUGUGAACACCCUGAAUAAAUUGACUUGCAGAUUUUAA